CUUAAAAUAAGAAAAUUUUGCAGGAAAUUGAUUAAUUUAUCGGACAAAAUUAUAUGUUCAGUGCUACGGGCUCUAUCUAGCUAGUAGUCUUAAGCCGAAUAUAAAAAUCGAGGAAUAUCCACGCAAUCUCGGAGGAUGUCAGCGCUGUCGGCUUCGCUGCUGCUAUUAUUUACUCGACCUCAUGUUAAGAUAUCAGACUGUUUAAAAUACUGUUUAGUAUAGCCGAUACUAGCGCGUCAAUCUUCCAGUUAAAUAAUUGUAAAUAUGUCUAAUCAAUGGGAAGUUGUUACCAAGUCCCGCAAACAAAAAAAUCUUGAUAAAAAAGUUUAUGCACAUACGGAACAGAAACGUAUUGCAGCUCAAACGCCAAAGCUAGAGGAGCUCUUGCCAUCCCAGCAAUAUCGCAAUUUGUUUGCUACUAGCGACGACAACAACUACAAAUCGAAUUCGCCUGCAAAAUCUAGUUCAAGUGCCUCAUCAUCGAAAAACAAGUCGCCGGUCAAGAAAAACAACAUAAAAACAAUUACGACUGGAGGGAGUAGAGGAGGCGGAUCAACCAAACAGCCAGCUAAGCCCAAAACACUAGAACAGGCCCUGAAGCAUAUAACUCCGGAUGAUUUUGCUUCUCAGCUGGAGCAAGUAAAACUUAGCUGUCCUGGCUCUGAGUUGCGAUGGCUCAGUCAUAUUGCCCUUUAUUUCAAUGGAGCCCUAUCCUACGAUUGCGAUCCCGUUUUCUCUGGACGUUCUGCUCAGUAUCCUAGUAAUCUGGCGAGUGCUGCACUCAAGAAAUUAGUUGUUGAAUUCUUAGGUAGCGUAGGCGAGUCAAAUCUAGAGUAUUUUUUUCACUAUCUAUUGGACGGUAUGACUACUGAUCUUAACAAUAAUCAGACGGUGGUGGUAGGCUAUAAGUUUAUGCUACAGUUAAUAGGCCAAGCUUAUCCCAGUAUUUGUUCUAAAAACUUUGCCAAGACCGCUUUACUGAGAAAUUGCUAUCAAAAUAGGAGCAGCAUUUGUUUGAGUAUUUUGUGGGCCAUCGGACAGGGCGGCUAUACAUCACUAAAUGAGGGUGUUAAGAUCUGGCAGAAUUUAAUGUUACCCAAUUUGGAACUGAAAAACUACUCCAAAUUUGUAGUGGAGUAUAUAGAAAGAGUUCUCAAUGCAGCUGCAGUACGGACCUCGGAGGAUAUAUUGCUGCUUAAUCAGAAUGAAUUUUUUGCCGCCUACAACUCACUGAACGCUACCUAUAAUAAUCUACCCAAGGAGCUCCAGCAAAGCCUGAAGCGGAGUGCAAGUCAAUUGCUGCAAAAGUACAUUUCCAGUCCGGUUAAGCACGCGAAUAUCUUCUUGACGCUUUUUCGCGACAUUACGACUGUAAGUAAGCCAAACAACGAGAUUGAAGGAUGCCUGAGUUGUCUUCUCAGCAGCGGCGGUGAUGAUUGCUUGAAAGUUUGGCGAAUGAACUACAAAAAGCAGCAGUUAGCCAGCUUAUUGCUAUUGCAAGCUAUAGACUUGGACUGGGAGACUUCUACUAAUUUGCUAGCAAAGUCGCCAGUAUAUCACUCUUUUCUACAUGAUUUGCCUAUUUUAAAUGAUGAGCUGCAGUCAAGUAAACGGAAAGAAAGCUGCCUUAAUGAUUUAAUAGAAGUUUUAGUGACGGUUCAGGAGAAAAGCAGCGCACAGCAAAAGAAGAACAAACAAAAUUCUGCGACACAGAAAAAGAAAUGUGGCUGCUGCAAGUGGACUUUAGGUAGUGUUUUCAUCAUUGCACUGAUUGCCGGCGCUCUCUGCUAUGAUACCGAGGUCAAUGGCAAGGGGCUGUUUGAGAAAUCAGCCACAGGCAAAGUACUGAAAAACGCUGGAGUUUUGCCACAUGUCCAGAAGGCCUGGUAUGUGACCAUGGGAGCAAGUGCCCGGGGCUAUAAAUGGGCUGAGGAACAUGUCCCACCAUAUGCAGAACCAGCAAUUAAGACUGCUGGAGAUCUGUGGAAGCUGGCGAGGAAUGCAGCAUGCAAUAUCAUACAAUCCGGCAAGGGAUACUUCAAUACCAAGUGGCCCGUGCUUGCCAAGUUUAUUGAUCAAUAUGUGCCCAAUCUGUCAGGGAAACUUGAGGCUUUCGCUUCGGGAGCUUGUGAUUUGGCCAUCAAUAGCUAUGACAAAUCAGCCACGCUAAUCAAGGAAAAUGUUUUGGUCGGCCGCUUCUCGCCAGAAAACAUCAAUCAGGCUCUGAAUCAGACGCGCAACGUCGCUUUGGAAUACUACAAUCAGUUUCACAAAAAGGUUGAUACUUAUGCCAAGCUUAAAUGAUUCUAAGCGUCAGGCACGCUUGGAAAGCAUUCUCCGAGUAAUACCCCGAACAUCAUCAGUAGCAUCCGAAGAAUAAACAAGAACGCGUCAUAGUCAAUAGUGAAUGAACCACAAUUAUUUGGCAAUUAGUUAAAAAGAAGAAUUAAUAUGUUUUAAAUAAGUCUAUAAACCUGAACCCUAAAAAUUCGUCAACCUGGCCUAGUAAAGAAAAGCAAUACGAGCAAAUUAUGGUGCAUGCCAAGAUAGAACCGAUGUAUAAAAAACCGGAUUAAAAAAUGUUCUUGCGUAUUGUCUCAUGCGUAUGCAUUUAUCCCCGCGACCGAAAUAUAUCCAUUUUAUAAUUGGUUAUCUACACCUUGAGGAUAUUUUAAAAUGUUUAAUCUAUUUCAAACAUUUCUUAAUUGUAAUUGCUUAAAUGCAUUUUUUGCAGAGAACGAAACAUUUCCAACUGCAUUUGAAGGCAACCUACAGCAAUUGUAAAGUAGUUUAUAUCUUUGUAUUCAUAUUAUUUGUGUGUACAUUUUUCAAAAGACUUCUUAAAAUUUACAUUGACCGUUUGGUUGUUUCUCUGUUCAAUAGGCGAAUUUUCCGUUUCAAUUUGUAAUCUCAGUUGUACAUUGAAUUAAAUAAUCGAUUUUUGCAUAAAUAAAAUAAAGUUGAAAAAAGUGAA